AAUAAAAAUAACGAAGAAAAAAGAAAACUUGGGUUCCAACAGCUUCUUCUUCCUCGCCAUUCCAUUCCCGAUCGAGCCGUUCAGGCUUCUCAGCUACAAAACCUUGGAGAGAGAGAGAGAGAGAGAGAGAGAGAAACGAUCCUGUGACAUGGGACAAGCCUUCCGUAAGCUCUUCGACCGAUUCUUCAGCCCCGUGGAAAUGAGGGUUGUGAUGUUAGGAUUGGAUGCAGCUGGUAAGACGACUAUCCUGUACAAAUUGCACAUUGGAGAAGUUUUAUCAACAGUUCCAACUAUCGGUUUCAAUGUAGAGAAGGUUCAGUACAAAAAUGUGGUAUUUACAGUUUGGGAUGUUGGUGGACAAGAAAAAUUAAGACCCUUAUGGAGGCAUUACUUCAGCAAUACUGAUGCACUGAUCUAUGUUGUGGAUUCCCUAGACAGAGAAAGGAUUGGAAAGGCCAAAGAAGAAUUUCAGGCUAUUAUCAGGGAUCCUUUCAUGCUGAGUAGUGUCAUAUUGGUAUUUGCCAAUAAACAGGACUUGAAAGGGGCAAUGACUCCAGUGGAGGUAUCUGAAGGGCUGGGUCUAUAUGAUCUGAGAAACCGAACUUGGCAUGUCCAGGAGACCUGUGCUCUUUCUGGCGAUGGACUCUACGAGGGACUGGAUUGGCUGGUCACGGCUUUGAAGGAGCUGCAAGUCUCUGGACGACAUAUUACUUGAAUCGCCAGCUCCAAGUUGUGUCGACAAACUUGAUACUGAAGAAUAAACUGUAUGGUUUCUUGUUUCUUCAGUAUCUUUGGUUUUGUAAUUAUAGGUGAUGUUCUCUUGACUAGUAUUCUGACAAAUGAGUAAUCCGGACUCAUUGUCAAUACAUAAUGACUGUCUGUUCUACUGAUUUAUUCUGACUCGUAGAUGACUUGAUUUUGUUCAGAAAAAAAGGGUAGGUGUCUGUGCAAAGGGCAAAAGAAAACAAUACAUCCAGAAAAAACAACCCUUGAGCUGUGCAUUUUUUUU